AUUUCAAUUGUUCCCUGCCCUCCGCGAUUGCACCGGCCUUGCUUCGGCAUCUCGCGCUCCCGCCUCGCUCGGCCUCGCUUGCUCUCGCAUUUUUCUGGCUCCGGCCAUCGGUCGAUCCCCGCCCCAUCCGAUCCCUUCAUCCGGCUGCCUUCUGUCUUGCCCAGCCCCAACUACUUAGUAAUCGCAUCGGUCCUGCCCGCCGCCUUUUCUCCACCGGCCGACAGACAUCCAUACCUCUGCCUGGUCCCUGCUCUUCCUGCCAUCCCGACUGCCAUAAGCGUUUCAAUAUCAUGGGUCUGCUGUCUCUGGGAACUCCUCUGCCUUGGUCCGAGGCCAAGAACCACGCCGAUCAUGUCCGCAAACACGGCAUUAUUCAGUUCCUCAACAUCUGGAACCGCCUGAAAACGAGAAGAAAGGACCAUCUCUACUGGGGUGACGAGAUCGAGUACGUCGUCGUCUCAAAGGACGACGCCGCUCGCAAGGUCCGUCUCUCGCUCAAGGCCCACGAUGCACUCGUCGAGUUGCAGAAAAUCGAGUCUGAGGCCCAGGCCAAGGGCGAGCCCUUUGACAGCUCUUGGAAACCCGAGUACGCCGUCUACAUGCUCGAAGCCACCCCCGGCGCUCCCUAUGGCUCGACGAUCAAGGACCUCACGACCGUCGAGCCCAACAUGCGCAGAAGGAGAGCCUUGGCCCAGUCGUACCUUCGCCCGAACGAAACUGUCCUGACGCUGACUUCGUAUCCGCAUCUGGGCACCAACGACUUUUUGGACCCUCCUGCGGAUCCGGCCCCGGCCGCGGGUGCAAGCCGCAGUUUGUUCAUCCCCGAUAUUGCCAUCAACCCACAUGCGCGCUUUCCUACCCUGACCAAGAACAUUCGAACCCGACGUGGCUCCAAGGUCUGCAUCAACAUGCCGAUCUACGUCGACACCAACACCCCUCGUCCCUUUGUGGAGCCCACUCCAAAGUGCGUUGCUGCUCUGGGUUCCGAACAGUUGGCUGAUCUGGCCAAGGAGUCCACUUCGCACACCACCACGCCUCCCAAAGGCAGCGCAUCGGGAGAUAGUGCCGCCCUCCCUGGCGUGAUCCCCGAUGCCCUGCCAGAUCACAUCUACAUGGACUGCAUGUGCUUUGGCAUGGGCUGUUGUUGCCUGCAGGUCACCUUCCAGGCAUGUUCGGUCGAGGAGGCCCGCCGCCUCUACGACCACCUGGCUGUCGUUAGUCCCAUCAUGCUCGCACUCUCGGCUGCUGCCCCCAUCUUCAGGGGAUACCUUGCCGAUGUCGAUUGUCGAUGGGACGUUAUUUCGGCCAGCGUGGACGACCGAACCAAAGAGGAGCGUGGCGAGGAACCGCUGAACUCUUCGCGAUUCCGGAUACCAAAGUCCCGCUACGACUCGAUCAAUCUCUACCUGUCGCCCGGACCCAACUACAGUGGCGGCUGCACCAAGCCCCACCGAACCUCUGCCAGUGGCACCGACAGCCACGAUGAUUUCCACUCGCCGGUGGAUACCAGCGUCCCGAUCCGCGCCAACUUUUACAAGGACAAAUACAACGACCUGAACAUUCCUUUCGAUAAAGAAAUCCACAAGACCUUGCAGGACGGAGGGGUUGAUGAGCUCCUUGCCAGACACUACGCCCAUCUCUUUAUCCGCGAUCCCCUCGUCAUAUUUGAGGAGCUCCUGGAGCAAGAUGAUCAGAAAAGCUCUGAUCACUUUGAGAACAUCCAAAGCACCAACUGGCAGACAAUGCGGUUCAAGCCUCCUCCUCCCGGAAGUCCGAUCGGAUGGCGCGUCGAGUUCCGCAGCAUGGAAAUCCAGCUGACGGACUUUGAGAACGCCGCCUUCUCCGUCUUUGUCGUGCUCUUGACUCGGGCGAUCCUGAGCUACGAUCUCAACUUUUACAUCCCCCUAAGCCAGGUUGACGAAAACAUGAAGAAGGCGCACUCGCGCGCUGCUGUGACUGAGCAAAAGUUCUGGUUCCGCAAGAAUAUCUUUGGUGGGGAUCGCCCGUCUUCGGUCGCCGGCCUGGGCGAAGCUACCACCUCAGAGAACGACCCCGACGAAGCCCAGCUGCUCACCAUUAACGAGAUUAUCAACGGAAACGAUUUCUUCCCGGGCCUCGUCCCCUUGAUCGAGUCGUAUCUGUCCUCCGUCAACCUCGACUACGCCACGCAUUCGCAGCUGUCGUCGUAUCUGACGCUCAUCUCCCGCAAGGCUAGCGGCGAGCUCAUGACUGCGGCGGGCUACAUCCGCAAGUUUGUGCAUGAGCACCCGGGUUACAAGCAUGACUCUGUCGUUUCUGACCAGAUCAUCUGGGACUUGGUCCAGAAGCUCGAGACCAUGACCGAGAACGGUGGCCGCGGGGUGCCUGGUCUCACCGCCUGAAUACAGCCGCCUCCCGCCUCCAAAAUGGACCUGGCACUUCCGUGCGGAUCCAGACACGCGGAUGUGAGGACGAAAUGGGCCGAGACUGCAGCCGGCUUCCCCAUCACAUCAUGUCGUCGAUGGCAAGUUUGUCUUGGAUAACACCAUCAUCAAUACACGAGAUCGACUGCCA